AAUCAUGAGCUUCUUAAAAUUUAUGAUGCAAAAGAAAGAACUUAUUCCUUUAAUCACAUUUGUGAGUUUUGCAGGACUUGGAGCUACCUACAUGUCCGUAUAUUCCCUUUUCAAAACUGAUGUGAUUGUUAACAGGAAGAAAAAUCCAGAACAAUGGGAAAACGUGAAUCCUCAUGAGGCUCAAAAGCUUUUAACAAUUCACCAAAAGUGGGAACCUGUGGAAGAGUUGAGCACAGUCAAACAGUUGACCAAAUGAGGAAUCUCUCCUACAAGUCCACUCUGAGAAUCUAGCGGAAACAUCUCUGCACAAACUAGACUACUGAUACCAG